AAGUGUCUGCAGGGGGCUGGGUGUCACGUGACGAUGACCGCCUCUCGUGGCUGCUGCUGCUGCUGGACUAUAGGGCUAUGAAGCGCUGUGUGGUCAGCUUGAGGGGGGCUAGCCAAAAGCAUGGGGUGGCAGCUGCUUCCCUGCAGGAGUUCAUUGAGAAAGCCAUGAAACAGCUGGAAGUGGACCCGACGAAGGGCCCAGUCACCCUGGUCCUAGCUGGAGAUGGGACUGUUGUUGAGGAUGAAGAUUACUUCCUCUGCUUACCUGAAGAUACUCAGUUUGUCCUUCUCACCGGCAACAAGAAGUGGUCACCUUGUAUGACAGAUGGAGGCACAAUGUGGCUGGCUCGCGAGUCGGUGGAGCUGGAUGAUGUGGACAGUAGUAAUGAACUUCCGAAGUGGAAAGUACUGGCUGCACAGCUGAGACAAAACCUAUCCAACAUCAUUCUUUUUUCCGAGGCUGACUUUCAGGCUCUCAUUGAUGUUGAGACUGAGGAUCUCUGUAGAGAGAUAGCUAUACCAGCUAAGAAGGCGGAAAUGCUAAAGGAUACUCUUCAAGGCCUGCUGGAUCGCAGAGAGGAAGAGCGUCAGACUAAGGAACUCCUGCAGCUCUAUUUAAAGGCUGUGAAUAAAGAUGGACCAGAGGCAGCCAGUAUGGAUGAAACUGAUUCAAAGGAGGUUCAAGAAUCGAUUAAGAGAACCCAGCUCUGCAGCCACGUCAUUACUAUAUUGAAGGAGAAGACGUCACCGUAUCUCAGCUUAUCCAAUCAGCAGCUUGAAGCUGUAUGCGCUCAGGAUCCUCAUGCGUUGUUGGUGGAUUUAAACCAGAAUCUAGAACAUGUCCACAGUCUGCAGACUGCGUGCAGAGAGCAGCUACAGGAACGCGACGAGCAAGUGCAGUGCAUGAUAUCCUUGUCACAUGCGUCACAUGCAUCACAAGCCAAACGGCAAAAAUCUGCCCUGAAGAUGGAGAAAAAAUAACUCGAGGAGGCGAGGUCAUGCACCAGUUGUGAAAAAUAAUGUCUGGGCAUGACACACUAGUUAGACAACUUGUCGGUACAAAUUGAGUCACGUGACUUAACCUUAAAAUACUCCAGCUCUGAGUUUAGCUGAUAUAAACUCGUUUCCUAAAACUGUGAAAGCCUCUAUGGCUCCAACAAGAUUAAAGCGUCAUUCAGACAGCCAUAAUGUGAUGCAUUCCUAUAUCUGUAUCAAAGCCACAUAGCCUAGCCCAAGCGCAGAUCUAAUGACCCAUAUUAACAGCAUUGUCAUCAGACCCACUGUCAGGCCGGGAUUUGCAGCUGCAACACUGCCGCUAAAAUGCAGCCACAUUACGACUGUCUGAAUAAAGCCUAACCGAACACUGGUGAAAUUUAUAAAACAAAUCUUACCUAUAAAGCACCUUCUACUGCUAAAAUGAUGAUGUCACAGCUGAUGAUGACAUCAUCGCAAAUCUUUCUGGUGUAAAGUUAUGGUUUACAGGUAGUUACAAUGUAAAUAUUGUACACACUAAUCCUGCAGGUAUUUCCCACUUUGAUUUAUACUUUUGUUUUUUGUGUUUUCAUUUGUGUUUUAAAUGAAGAUUGAGCUGCAUAAAAUAUCUCAGCUGAAUGGGUUUUCAUCUUGGAAUAAAUGUUUUCUAUUUU